AAAGAUUCACGUUAAAAUGGCUUCGGCUUCAAGCACGAGUGCUCGGAGCUUGUUCGUCGAGUCGAAAAUGAGAUUAGCCGACCGAGUACAAGUCAACGUGAACAACAUUGCGUCUCUCGCGAGGCAGAUACAAAGGGGAUCCAAAAGCAGCGAGAUACUGAUGCAUAGUGCGAAGAACUUUGCACAGCAGGAACACAGUUUAGACACCGCAGAAGCGAGCUUGAAAAAAAUCGCUCUGAUAACUACUCAUUUAGAGUAUCAGAUGGAUUCUAUUCAACGGGGUUCUGUAAUUUUGGAAGAAGUUACCGAACAAGUACGUGCCAUGCAAAGAUAAACGAAACAUCUUCAUUUAUAUCAUUAGAAUAAGGAGUAUAGAUUUAUUGAUUUUAUUUAAUUGUGAUAUUUAUGUACGUAAAUGUAAUUUCUAAUGUGCAAUGAAUUAAAGAACUUUGGGAGGAGA